CUUUCGAAAUACAGCGAGGUCGGAUCAAGUCGCAUUUUGGCAUUAAAUAACCUAUACGACACAUGAUAAUAUAUAAAACAAUUGUCAAUAGGAUAUAAUAGAAGUUGUGAAAGUGGAUGGUUCUGUUGCUCACGUGCGUAUGGUUAAUGCAAUAGCAGGGACUUGCAGAAACUAAGUUUGUUGAAAUAAUAGGUUUGCUAUUUUCAUAACAUAGUAAACUAUGAUGUCAUUCAUAAUAUAUGUAGCGACAAUAAUUGCAGUUGCAAUGCAUUGCGUAUCGGGAACAUGUAAUACGGGAAUAUCCAUACCUUGGAACGACGGGGUAAAAUGCAUAUGCCCCCCUAAUAAGCAAGGAGAAACUUGUACAGAAGAUGUCCCAGACGUAGAAGAAUGUGCUUGCAUGUGGCCCGAAAGCCAAAAUGCGUGCGCAUCCAAUCCUUGUUAUGGGGGAAAAUGCGUAAGUCUGUUCGGUGAGAAAUAUAAAUGUUUGUGUUUGCGUGGAAUAACAGGUGAUCGAUGCUCGGAAGGUGCCCACUGUUUCACAUGCCAGAGUAAGCAAUACACAAACACUACAUGUGCGAUAUUCGACAAUGCACCACAUCUUAGAAACCUGCAUACUCACUCCGUAGUUCUGAAGCAUAAGAGAUCGAGAAACCUCACUACUCACUCCGUAGUUCCGAAGCAUAGGAAAUCAAGAGCGGAUUGUACAGGAAAUUGGGGGAUGCAAUACAGUGAAGGCACCUUAUGGAUAGCUUCUGGAUGUCGUGCAACAUUCUGCA